CCAGCGGGCUCAUCACCGGGUUUCGAUGCAAAUGAUCACCGGGCGGCUCGACUUCACCUUUCAGACUGAGACGGAAAGCUGCCGGAGCCGCGAGAGUCCGUGCGUUUAGUUAAAAGUAAGAAAUGUUGGCGAUGGAGAGGCGGAUUCCCGCUGCCCUGACUCUCCUGUGUGCGGUGUUGUCGGGGGUUGGAGCCCUGGAGGUGGUCAUCCCUCUGGAUCAGUAUGAGUUUGCCAGAGGGGACAACAUCACACUGCCCUGUUCCUUUACAAGCAAGGUCAAGCCACCUGAGGUUGUCAUUAUCACAUGGUCGAUUGAGGGCUUACAGGCUAAUGCUAAAGAGAAUGUGAUCCUCACCCACUACCAUCCUAUUAGAAAAACUGAUAUCAGUCAGUCGUAUGAAGGCCGGGCUUCACCAGAUAUUGACGUCCCAAAGGGGAAGGCCAACCUAAAGCUGAAAUCCAUCAUGCUGGGCGAUAACAAGAUGUUUGAGUGCCGUGUCCAGAUCCCAGGCGACGAUGAAGGAACGCCGGCGGACACUGCACGUCUGGUCGUUCUCGUGGCUCCGUCGAAACCCAUCUGUAAGAUUGAGGGAAAAGCGGAGUACGGCCAGAACAUCAACCUGACCUGUCACUCGGAGGAAGGUUCCCCGCCGCCUGAAUAUUCGUGGGAAGUGUUUGAUGUGGAAAGGCGGCCCCGUCAACUCCCCGGUGUCUCUAACAGGGGAGCCAUUAAGCCUCUAUUGAAUAUCUCCAGAGAAACCUCAGGAUUCUACAUUUGCACCUCGAAGAACAAGAUCCGGUCUGCCAGCUGCAACAUCACCCUCGCGGUUAUGCCACCAUCCAUGAACAUCGGUUCCACUGCUGGAAUCAUAGCUGGAGUUGUUGCCUUUCUAAUCGCGCUCAUCGUCAUCAUUUACUGUUGCUGCUGUCGAAAGAAGAAAGAAGACGACAAGGAAUACGCCAUGGGAGUUCGCCAGGAUGAGUACCACGACAAAGAGGCGGAUGGAAACGGUGAGAACCGCCGCCCUGAGAGGGAGGAGAGCGUCCAGAAUCACGACAAGUCUGAGGUCAGGAGCGCCACUGAUCGACGUGACCAGUACGAGGACAGAAGUGAGCGUGACUACGACCGGGGCCGCGAAUACGACGACCGGGGCCGCAACUACGACGACCGGGGCCGCGACUACGACGACCGGGACCGCAACUACGACGACCGGGGCCGCAACUACGACGACCGGGACCGCGACUACGACGACCGUCGCAGCGAUUACACCAAUCGCCGCAGCGAGUACGACGACCGCGCCAGUGACUACGACAACCGCCGUGAGCGCUACGACGACGACCGCCGCUAUGAAGAUGAGCGACGCUACGAUGAGCGCAGAGAUGACGACCGCUAUUAGUCACGACGAACGACGACGGCCUGUAAACUUGAUCGAACAUUCACCUCCAGUUUGGUUUGACUUGACAUCGUUGUACGUGAUCUAAUGAGAACAUUUUAACAGAAUAUUGUUUUGUUAUAUUUGCCUUGAAAACCAAAGUGUCCCUUUAACUAGGAUUUAAAAAAAGGAUGCAUAAUGGGCUUCCUUUUUCAUGCAGGUGCAGGGUUUUUAGUUUAAAACUGCAGGUAUAGAUGAAACUUGGUACGUCACAAAGUGCCCAGAGCAAGAUUGCAUGCCAGGCUGGGAUUAUAAUGUUCUUUCUAAAGUUUACUGGGUUUUGUGUUUUUAAUCAAAUGAAAUUCAAAAUUAAUAUUUUUGUGUUCUGUAUCAAUUUUAACAGCUCUCUAAUCUGGAUUUUGAUAAUCUGAGCGAAAUUUGCACCAACAAUAAUGAAUCAUAUCCAAAGUAUCUGCUGUAAAUCUUCUCAGUUGUACAGGAAUGUGUACAGAUUUCUUUUUUUUAUGUUAUUUAGGUAUGAAAUUCUAUCAAAUGUUCAAAAAUGUACAAACUCAGCUGUGAGGGCAGUCUUCCUGAAAUGAUGAAAACAGGAUGUUGUUGUUUGACCAUAAUUGUGAACGUAAUUUCACCUGCUUCUGUCAUUUCCUCUGUGACUCACUUUAAAACACAAAAACUGAGUCAAAACAUGCAACAGUUGUGGCGAUGUUUGAAGGUGGGCUGUGUCGGUCGUAGAUUCUUUCAGCAUUAAACUCACAGAAGGCUUUUAAGGUUUUUACAUUUGUCUCAAUUUAUACUAGUUAUUUUUUCUGUAGCAAAGAUUUCUCACCUAUAAAUGAAAAAAUAGUCUUGUUUUUCACUGAAUGAAAUCAUUUUCCAUACAGUUACAUCAUGUGUCCUGCUGUAUAUAAACGACACUAGAUCAGCUUCAAUGUUUUUUUAAUUGCAUUUAUCUGUAAACUCACUUUUCAGCUUGAUAAUGUUGCCACUGAUGUCCAGUAUGCAAUUUUUUUUUGUUUUAAUUUUAAAAGUAUGUAAUCUAAGUUUUAAAAAUUUAAAAUCUCCCUUUGCCAUUUAGUCUUCAAAAAUGUUUUCUUCUACUGCAUUAUUAUGGAAAUGGGCUGCAUGUAUAAUAUCAUUUAGUCACUCGAGGGCUUGAUUUGGAAUUUUUCAGAACUGUUUGUACUUGUGAAACACACUGAACUGUGCUCAAGAACAGAAAUAAAACAUGUGGACAACA